AUGCUCUGCCAAGGCCAACCCCAGGUGGUGAUCUCCUUGGCUGCCGCCCUCAUCAUCGUCUGGAGUAUCCGCCUCUUGUUCGUCCACGAUGGCAUCUCGACGCUUCUGUACCACUUUGAGGAGCCUAGCCAGCCGCAGGUUGCGGAGGCGUUCGUCCGACAGGCUAUGAAUGUCGAGUUUCCCGAGCCAAUCGAUUACCGACCGAUACAGUCGACAUGCGCCGCUACACAAUUUCGGCCGGGCCUGGUGUUUACCUGCGAGGGACAACAUGGAGGCAUUGGCAUGGUGCGCGACCAGAUUCUGAAGUGCGUGCGGUAUGCGAUACACGGCGGCGGCGCAAUUGUGGUGCCUUCAAUGCAGCUGCGCAACGCGAAAGACAUCUCCGACAUCGAGACCGAGAAGGAGGUGCCGCUCGACUAUCUCCUCGACCGCCAGACCUUCAUUAGCCAUCUGACGGAAGGGUGCCCAGGGAUGCGCAUCUACGAGCGGAUCGAGGACUUUCCCCACUACCAAUCCCGGGCAGGGGAGCCACUCGACCUCGUGGGCGACCAGUUCGAGCCGAACCACCCCCGCGAGGGCCUGGAACACCCGCGCGAAUGGCGGCGCUUCUUCGACGAAUGGCUGGACAAGAAGAACGUCACCAUCCGGACGGAGGAGCCGACGCACGUCCGGAUCGGCCAGGCGUUCCUAGAGUACCCCGUCCGCGACGACGGCCCGGCCUUCGUGCACGAGUUCGGCAAGAUCCUCUCCUUCCGCAACGACACGCGCGAGCUGGCGGCGAAGAUACUCUACGAGCUGAAGCGGCGCUUCGCGCUGCCCAUCGACCCGGCCAGGGCGAUCAACCCGAACGCGUACUUUGGCGCGCACCUGCGGCUGGAGAAGGACGCGAUCGACGCGUGGCAGCCGGACGAGUGGCGCUUCUCGCGGCAGAAGGACCAGUUCGAGGAGCACUUCCAGUACAUUGAGCGCAUGGGUCUGAGUGUGGUGUACGUGGCGUCGGGGAACCAGACGGUGGUGGAGCUGUUUGAGGAGGAGCUGAAGAAGCGCGUGGCGGCGAGCCCCGGUGGGGAGACGAAGACCGUCGCGGUGGUGACGAAACGCGACUUGCUCCAGGGGCCCGACCGGAAGCUGCUGGACGAGUUGACGUUUGACCAGCAUGCCCUUGUGGACUUUUUGAUGCUCUUCAAGGCGAGCGCGUUUAUGGGUGUGGCGCAUUCGAGUUUUCCGUGGACGGUGGCGUUGCGGAGGCAUGAGAUGAGCAAGUACACGGCGUACGGGAAUGAGGGCUCGGAUAUUUUGAGGGAUGAGUAUAGCAUCAUCAUGGGCAUGCAGAAGGAUUACCCGGAGGUUGAGCCGUUUGUCUAUGGGUUGUGGCCAUGA